CUGCCCUCUGAGCGGGCGGACGCCUGCAAGGAGUAGGAGGAGCGGAAAGGGAGCGGGGAGGGGGGGGGACGGAAAAGACAGGGAGGGGACUCGGGGCCCCGGCCUGAAACUGACGGGAACAGCUGCCCCGAGGCCCGCGCCGCCCCUGCCCCGCCCGGAGCCAGGCGGCCCCAUGGCUCGACCCCGUUGACUCCCUAAGCCCUGAUCUCAGCCAUGCUCCCCAGGCCCCUGCGGCUGCUGCUGGACUCGGCAGGGGCCUCUCCUGGGGGAGUCGUGCUGAGCGGCUUUAGGAGCCGGGACCCCGAAGGGGGCGGGGGCCUAGGGGUGGGCGGGGAGGAAGAGGAGGAGGAGGAAGAGGAAGAGGCCCCGGUGUCUGUCUGGGAUGAAGAUGAGGAUGACGCUACCUUCACUGUCACAAGUCGUCAAUAUCGGCCUCUUGAUCCCUUGGCUCCCAUGCCUCCUCCUCGUUCUUCCCGUCGACUUCGGGCUGGGACUCUAUCUGCUCUGGUCAGACAUCUGUUGGAUGCCCGGACAUCAGGGUCUGACGUGACCUUCAUGCCAACCUUUUUGGCCACUCACAGGGCAUUUACAUCCACACCAACUGUACUGGGAUUGUUAGCUGACAGACUGGAGGCCCUAGAGUCUGAUCCCAGUGCUGAUUUGGAGAGGACAAGAGGGUUAGCCAUCUCUGUUCUGUCAACCUGGCUGACCUCUCACCCUGAGGAUUUUGGCUCUGAGGUCAGGGGUCAGCUUGACCGGCUUGAGAGUUUCCUGCUACGGACAGGGGAUGCAGCAGGGGAGGUUGUUGGGGGGGGACAUGUUGAUCUCAUCCGAGACCUCCGAUCCCGGGUGGCCCUCCCAGCCCCUGACCCUCCUAAGCCCCUGGCCCCCCCUGGCGAUCCCCCUGCUGACCCCACGGAUGUCCUGGUGUUCCUCGCUGACCACUUGGCCGAGCAGCUGACCCUGCUGGAUGCGGAGCUGUUCCUCUCCUUGGUCCCUUCUCAGUGCCUAGGGGCCAUAUGGGGCCACAGGGAUCGACCUGGUCACUCCCACCUCUGCCCUUCGGUCAGAGCAACAGUUACUCAGUUCAACAAGGUGGCUGGAGCUGUGGUCAGCUCUGUCUUGGGGGCCACAGCAUCUGGAGAGGGACUUGAGGAGGUGAACAUCCGGCCCCUCCGGCCCCCCCAGAGGGCAAGGCUCCUGGAGAAAUGGAUCCGGGUGGCAGAGGAGUGCCGUCUUCUCCGGAAUUUCUCCUCUGUUUAUGCUGUUGUGUCUGCCCUUCAGUCCAGUCCUGUCCACAGGCUCCGGUUGGCCUGGGGAGAAAUAACCAGGGACAGCCUCCGUCUCUUCUCCAGCCUCAGUCAGAUUUUCUCAGAGGAAGAUAAUUAUUCCCAAAGCCGGGAGCUAUUGCUGCAGGAGGUGAAGGGGCCUCCCCCGUUGGAGCCAAAUACAAAGAAGCCUGUGAGAAAUGUGCCACCUCAGGGUGGGGGUGUGGUCCCAUACCUUGGCACCUUCUUGAAAGAUCUUGUGAUGCUGGAUGCAGCCUCCAGGGAUGAGCUGGAGAAUGGUUACAUCAACUUUGACAAGAGGAGGAAGGAAUUCUCUGUCCUGUCUGAGCUUAGACGUCUUCAGGAUGAAUGUCGAGGUUAUGACCUUCGCCCUGACCCUGAUGUCCAGCAAUGGCUUCAGGGGCUCCAGCCCCUGACAGAGGCUCAAAGUCACCGUGUGUCUUGCGAAGUGGAGCCACCCGGAGUCAGUGAUCCCCCUGCUCCCCGGAUGCUUCGGCCAACACUGGUCAUCUCUCACUGGACAGAUGUACUGGGAUCUGUAGGUGGUCCCACUCCCCUUGUCUCCUGGGAUCAGCCUGCUCUGAAGGAGGAUGGCACAGCUGCCUGUCCUGCCCCCUUGCUUAGUCGACUGGCCCAGCACAUGAAAUGGCCAUCUGUUUCCUCUCUGGACUCUGCCCUGGAUGGGCCUCCUUCCUCCCACACUCCCGCCGAUCCUGGUUUCCUCUCCCCCACAGCCCACUCUCCCAGGCCCCCCCGAGGUCACCGCCGCUCUGCUUCCUGUGGCUCUCCUCUUAGCAGUGGAGCAGGGGAGGGCUCUUCCUUUGGGACAGGGUCUGGGAAUGGGCGGGGAAGUGGACCAGCGGCCUCUGACUGUUGUAUCAUCCGUGUGCAAAUGGAGCUCGGGGAGGACGGCAGUGUCUACAAGAGCAUACUGGUGACAAGCCAGGACAAGGCUCCAAGUGUUAUCAGUUGUGUCCUGAAAAAAAAUAACCGGGAUCCAGCAGUAGCUGCAGAGUACGAGUUGGUGCAACUGCUGCCAGGCAACAGAGAGCUGACCAUUCCACCAUCAGCUAAUGUCUUCUAUGCCAUGGAUGGUGCUUCUCGUGAUUUCCUGUUGAGGCACCGGCAGCGCCCCUCUUCAGGGACUCCAGGUAUCUCCAGUGGACCUGCUACUCCUGCAAAUCCUCCCAGUGAGGGAGGAGGAGGCUCCUUCCCUAGGAUCAAGGCCACAGGACGAAAAAUUGCUCGGGCACUGUUCUGAGGAAACCAGGUUGUUUUGCAGGAGCCACGGUGACUAUGUUGUUGGAUAUUAGCCAUGUUGAAUGGUGGUAGCCAUGAUGAAUUGGGACAAUCAUCUUGUAUGGUAGCUAGUCAUGGCUGGUCAGAAAAGAGCAGUCCUGGGUGUUUAUGGUGCAGCUAUGUUGGACAGCCACUUUGGAGUCCUCUGGCUAUUUUGGCAGGAGACAGAGACAGGUUACUUUUCUCAUGACUCCUACCUUCUGAGGCUUAUUUGUGCCAUACUGUCACCGCUGAUUCUUUUCUACUGGUCACACCCAGAAUGCAAACGGC